AUGACGCGCUCCAAACGAUCCUUGAAUGAGCCCGAGUCUGCUACGAAUAGCGACAGUGAAGACGUUCGGUCUGUUCCUACACCAACCGCAAGUGACAUAGACGAGCCAGUCAAGACGUAUGAAGCUGCAAACAGUGUUGCGGGAGAGGAGGAAGCUCCGUCUGCCUAUCUUGUAUCCAAUUUAGAGCAACAUGGUGUUCAAAGUGGCGAUAUAAAAAAGCUGCAGGCUUCAGGUUAUUAUACAAUUGAAUCAAUAGCUUAUGCUCCAAGGAAAUUGUUAUUAGCCAUCAAAGGCCUUUCGGAAACUAAAGUUGACAAAAUUAUGAGUGAAGCUACUUCAAUAGCUGACUUGGGCUUCACAACGGCUUUAGACGUUCACAAUAGAAGAAAUGAGAUGAUUUAUAUCACCACAGGUUCAAAAGAUUUGGAUAAAUUGUUAGGGGGUGGCAUCGAAACGGGUUCUAUAACAGAAAUGUUUGGUGAAUUUAGAUGCGGUAAAACACAGAUAUGUCAUACAUUAGCAGUAACCUGUCAGCUACCUACCAGUGACGGUGGUGCCGAAGGAAAAUGCCUAUACAUUGAUACCGAGGGGACUUUCAGGCCUGAAAGAAUAGUGUCUAUUGCUUCCAGGUUCCGCUUGGACCCCGAAACGUGCCUAGAGAAUAUAGCUGUUGCCCGUGCCUACAACACCGACCAUCAAACAAAAUUAUUGAUACAAGCAGCUGGCAUGAUGUCUGAGACCAGGUUUGCACUCCUCAUCGUAGACAGUGCCAUUGCUUUAUAUCGAACUGAGUUCCUAGGACGUGGCGAGUUGGCAGCUCGUCAAAUGCACUUGGCUAACUUUUUAAGAAAGCUGCAGCGUUUGGCAGAUGAAUAUGGAGUGGCUGUCGUCUUGACAAAUCAAAUGAUGGCUACGGUGGAUGGAGGUGCUGCUAUGUUCAACGCAGACCCCAAGAAGCCAACGGGUGGUAAUAUAAUGGCUCAUGCUUGCUGUACUCGUUUACAACUUCGUAAAGCAAGGGGUGAAAAUCGCGUUUGUAAAAUCUACGACUCACCGUCGUUACCAGAGAGUGAAGCAACCUUUUCUAUUACUGAAGAGGGAAUUCAGGACGCUGAAAUAUAG